AUGGAUGUUGUGUAUAUGGUAACUUCUUUCUUUGAGUCUAAGCAUAUUCUCAAACAAAUUAAUCAUAACUUCAUAACUCUUAUACCUAAAAAUACUUGUCCUAAGAGUGAAAUUGAUUUCAGACUAAUAAGCUUAUGUAACGUAGCUUACAAGAUCAUCUCUAAAUUACUUGCUUCUAGAAUUAAAAAGCUUUUACCUAGAAUUAUUGAUCCUUCUCAAACUACAUUCAUUUCUAGGAGACUUAUACAAGAAAAUAUCAUAAUUUCCCAUGAAAUGAUUGAUUCUUUGAAGAAAACUAAAGAUAGAGAUGGUGAUAUAGCUAUCAAAUUAGAUAUGAGUAAAGAUUUUGACAGGGUUGAAUGGUAUUUUUUAAUUGCAAAUCUUAAAUCUCUUGGCUUCUGCAAUGGUUGGUGCAAAAUGAUAGAACAAUGUAUCUCUACUCUGUCCACAUCAAUUCUUCUCAAUGGUGCUCCAGGUAAACUUUACUAUCCCCAAAGAGGUCUCAGACAGGGAGAUCCUCUAUCUCCCUAUCUAUUCAUUUUAUGUAUGGAAGCUUUAUCUAGGUCCUUAAGAACUGCUGAAAAACCCAAUUUAAUUCAUGGAUUCCAAGUAACUAAAGCUAGCCCUGCAGUCAGUCACUUAUUUUUUGCAGAUGACUGUCUCAUAUUCAUCAAAGAUAGAAUAAGGGAAGCAAACAAACUUGCUUCCAUUAUAGAUCAGUUCAGCAAAUUUUCUGGACAGGCAGGCAACUUUGAAAAGUCUUCUCUUGCUUUCAGAGUUCCAGGAAUGUGUUCAACUAGUCUGUUUCAGGCUGGUGGAGGAGUAUAUCCCAAGAAAUGGCUGGAUAUUGCUCUCCCAAAAGCUCUAGGAGGUUUAAAUAUAAAUAGAAAUGAUAUCUUGAAUCUAGCUCUUCUCACCAAGCUAGCUUGGAGAAUGAUAAAUCAAAAAGAUGACCUGUGGGUUCAAAUUUUCGCUUGUAAGUAUUUUGUUAAUGUUAAUCCUCUUAAUGAUAUGGUUGUUCAACAUGGAUUUUGGGAUUGGAGAGGAAUAUGUCAUGGCAUUGAGAUUGUUAAAAAACAUUAUGUUUGGAAGAUUGGAGACGAUGAAUCCAUUUCUAUAUGGAAAGACUCCUGGAUUCCCAAAAGAAAUAGUCCUCCUCCUACUGACUUUUACUCUACUAAUACGAAUAAAGUCAGUCAGCUGAUUGAUAAGGAAAACAACCAAUGGAAUCUAGAAAUCUUAAAUAGUCUCUUUGACCAAGAUUUAGUUAAAGAAAUUUCUAGUAUUAGGAUUCCUUUAACUGGUAAGGAUAGACUAAGAUGGGAGCCUUCACACAAUGGUAUUUUCACUGUUAAAACAGCUUAUAGAGUGAUUCUAGAUGAAACCCUUAGACAUCAGCCUACUAAGAACAAUCUUAAUAUAAACUGGAAAGCUUUUUGGAAUUUAAAAGUUCCCCCUAGAAUCCAAAACUUCUUAUGGAAGCCUUCAUUCUUUCAUCAUGACUAG